CGGCGGCUCGACCCGGCGGAGUCCCGGGCCGGCGCCCCCAUGGCCGCAGCCAAGGCAGAGAUGCAGCUACUGCCCCCGCUGCAGAUCUCCGACCCCUUCGGCGCCUUUCCGCACUCGCCCCCCGCCAUGGACAGUCACUACCCCAAGCUGGAGGAGAUGAUGUUGCUCAGCGGCGGCGGCCCGCAGUUCCUCGCGCCCCCCGGRGCGCCCGAGAGCGGAGGCUUCGGCGCCCCUGGGGAGCCCGGGGAGCAGCACUUCGAGCACCUUGCGGCAGACACUUUUCCUGACAUCUCCUUGAAUAAUGAGAAAGCCUUGCCAGAGACGAGCUAUCCUAACCAGACAACGCGGCUGCCGCCCAUAACUUACACUGGGCGCUUCUCUUUGGAGCCGGCAACCAACAGUGGCAACACCUUGUGGCCAGAGCCCCUCUUCAGCCUGGUCAGUGGGCUGGUGGGCAUGGCGAACCCGCCUUCCACCUCCACAUCGUCUUCAUCAUCACCAUCCUCAUCAUCACAGAGUCCUCCUCUGAGCUGUUCUGCCCAAGCCAGCGAAAGCAGUCCAAUUUAUUCGGCUGCACCAACUUUUCCCAGCUCCAGCUCUGAUAUUUUCCCUGAACCACAGACCCAGUCCUUUCCUAACUCCUCUGGAGCACCCAUCCAAUAUCCACCUCCAGCUUAUCCAGCUGCUAAAACCAACUUUCAGGUGCCAAUGAUCCCGGAUUACCUGUUCCCUCAGCAACAGGGUGAGCUCAGCAUUGUUGCAGCUGAUCAGAAGCCCUUCCCAACCCUUGAGAGCAGAGCACAGCAGCCAUCCCUCACACCACUGUCCACUAUCAAGGCAUUUGCCACCCAGACAAGCUCCCAAGAGCUGAAGACCCUCAACACUAACUAUCAGUCUCAGCUGAUCAAGCCCAGCAGGAUGAGGAAAUACCCUAACCGCCCCAGCAAGACCCCUCCUCACGAGCGGCCCUAUGCCUGUCCGGUGGAGUCCUGUGACCGAAGGUUUUCACGGUCUGAUGAGCUAACUCGGCACAUCCGCAUCCAUACAGGACAGAAGCCUUUCCAGUGCCGCAUUUGCAUGAGGAACUUCAGCAGGAGUGACCACUUGACCACACACAUCCGCACACACACAGGGGAGAAGCCAUUUGCCUGUGACAUUUGUGGCAGAAAGUUCGCCAGGAGUGAUGAGAGGAAGAGACACACUAAAAUCCAUCUCAGGCAAAAGGACAAGAAAGUGGAUAAGACACCACCAAUUUCAACUGCUUCACCACUUCCUGCUUACUCAUCUUCUGUGGCCACCUCCUACCACUCCUCCAUUGCCACCACUUACCCUUCACCAGUGCGCACCUUGUAUUCUUCCCCAGUCCAUUCUUCCUACUCCUCCCCAGCACACACCACCUUCCCGUCUCCCUCUAUCGCAACAACCUACCCCUCAGGCACAGCCACUUUUCAGACCCAAGUGGCCACCUCCUUCCCAUCACCAGGGGUCGCCAACAAUUUCAGCUCACAAGGGACUUCAGUGCUCUCAGAAAUGACAUCAACGUUUUCUCCAAGGACAAUUGAGAUCUGCUGAGCCCUCUUUCUGGAGCAGGAGUGUUUGCCUCUGCUGUCGGUACUGUCACACAUGGAGUCUUUGAUUACUCCCCAACACCAUACGUAGCAAGGCUGCCUAACUUUUCUUUAAACCUCAGUUGCUUGAAGCAGCUGUGGUUUAAGUUUUCCACCUCUGUCAAAAAAUGCAUGGAUUGUGGAUCUAAGUUCAGUAUAAUUUUCCCCCGUAAACAAUAAUAUUUUAUUAGGGAUAAAGGACCUUUGAUUAAGUACAUAGCUGAUGUAAAUUGUACAUGUGCCAUGGUUUUGCUUUCCUUUAGGUACUAUUGAUGUGAAAAAUCUUUGCAUAUCCAUAUUGUAUUAUUUGGAGUUUGCAGGGCCAUAUUUUGUAACUGUUAAUUCUAUUUUAGUGACAAUGCUGUAAUGAGUUUCAAACUUCUUCGGGAACAGCACUUACUGUGUUUGAGCAUGUUAGAGUGAUGCCAUGUAAAUAUCACCUGAUGAGACACUCACA